AUGGCGAGACAUGGGUAUGGAUAUGAAGCAGGGCAGAGCUUUUCUGCGUCGUCUUACUCUGCGCCGAAAUUGGCAUUGAAGCAGCAGGCACAGUUUUGCCGAAUGAUGCAGAACAGGCAUUGCGAGAUGGAUUGGCGUUUGUUCCUACCCAGAUUCAAGGAUCGACCAUUUAUCCAACGGCGACUGUGUUGGUAUACGGAUACGCCCAAGGGAGAUUUUAUCGUCGAUUACCAUCCCGAGUAUGAAAAUCUGUUCAUUGCCACAGGCAGAAGUGGACAUGGAUUCAAAUUCCUCCCAGUCCUGGGCCGCUAUAUAGCAGAUAGCUUCGAGGGAAGUGCUUCAGAAGAGCAGAAGCGGAAAUGGAGGGCUCAUUUGUAG